AAGAUGGAUGAUGAAUGGGAUGAAGCUGGUGAAGUGGCAGCGGUGCCGCAGACAUAUUCGUCAUAUUCUAGUAACAAUUACGAGAAUGAAGUAGAUGAAGGUCACAGUCUCUCCAGAGGGAGGGGCUUUACAUCAUUCAACGAUGAAGUGUCAGAUUUCAAAGACACCAACGGUUAUGGCGAACGCCGCGGACGUGGCGGACGAGGGGGCCGCGGUGGCCGAGGGGGCCGGGGUGGACGCGGUGGUUACAGAGACCAAGAAAGUAAUGGUGGUGAUAAUUACGGGAAUGGAGAAGAUUUUGGUGACCGAGGCGAUAGAGGUGAAAGAAAUGAACGCGGGCGAGGCAGAGGUCGCGGUGGUCGAGGCGGAGGUCGUGGAGGCGCACGUUCAGGCGAGGGUGACGGAGAACGUGAACCUGAGAUUGGUGAAGAUGGUGAAAUCAAAAAGCCUCCAGUUACAUAUGUCCCACCAGAACCUACUAAUGAUGAAAGCGAAAUCUUUAGCAGCACCAUUACUUCGGGAAUCAACUUUAAUAAGUUUGAUCAUAUUGCUGUCAAAGUAACAGGCGAAAAUCCACCGCGUCCGAUCGACAAUUUCGAAUCUGCAUGCCUUAGAAAGUUCGUUCUAGAGAAUAUCCUCAAAUCUGGCUACAACAAACCAACGCCCAUACAAAAACACGCCGUGCCAAUAAUAAUGGCUGGUCGCGAUCUUAUGGGCUGUGCUCAAACUGGCUCUGGAAAAACUGCAGCCUUUCUGCUUCCUAUUAUAAACAUGCUGUUACAAGACCAGCGAGAGUUAGUUGUGGGGCCUAACGGAUGCGCUCAGCCACAGGUAAUAAUAGUAUCUCCAACUCGUGAGUUAACUCUUCAAAUAUUCAAUGAGGCCAGAAAAUUUUCCUACGGGUCCAUCCUAAAGGUCGCCGUGGCAUAUGGAGGCACUGCUGUACGUCACCAAGGCGAUAACAUUUCAAGAGGCUGUCACAUCUUGGUAGCGACUCCGGGACGCCUACACGACUUCGUAGAUCGCAAUCGCGUGUCCUUCGAAAGCGUGCGCUUCGUGGUACUCGACGAAGCCGAUCGUAUGCUUGAUAUGGGCUUUAUGCCAAGUGUAGAAAAAAUGAUGGAUCACCCUACCAUGGUGCCCACGGAUCAGCGCCAGACCCUUAUGUUCUCGGCAACAUUCCCUGAAGAUAUUCAGCAUUUGGCUGGUAGAUUCCUCAACAACUAUAUCUUCGUGGCGGUGGGCAUUGUCGGCGGCGCCAGUACGGACGUCGAACAAAUCUUCAUUCAAGUAUCCAAAUACGAAAAACAAGGAGCCCUCAAAAAACUCAUUGAAGAGAAUGAACGCAAACGUAUUCUGGUAUUCGUGGAGACAAAGCGUAACGCGGAUUAUAUAGCGGCCAUGCUGUCUGAGCAGCAGACGCUGACAUCGUCGAUUCACGGGGACCGCAUGCAGCGAGAGAGAGAGGAAGCUUUACAGAACUUCAAGACAGGACAUCAUUUUAUAUUGGUAGCUACUGCAGUUGCGGCCCGUGGCCUCGACAUCAAGAAUGUGGACAUUGUGGUGAACUACGACCUACCGAAGAGCAUAGACGAGUAUGUACACAGGAUCGGCAGAACAGGACGUGUGGGCAACAGAGGAAAGGCUGUUUCAUUCUUUGAUUCACAAUCUGAUACUGCUCUAGUGGCGGACCUGGCGAAAAUCUUGAAACAGGCUGACCAGCCCGUACCCGAUUUCUUGCAAGGAGGUGGCACGGCCACGUAUAGCGGCAACAAAUAUGGCGGCAGUGAUAUUCGUAACUUCAACGAUGCUAGUUCCAAUGAGCAACCGGGCCAGGAGCCCGAUGAAGAAUGGUAGAUUUAAGAGACUUCUUGAUAUUUUGAACUAUUUCGUGAAGUUUGAUUAUCGUGUGCAAAAAUGGUGCGUGUAUAUAAAUAAUACUCAACGGUGCUUAUGCUGCGAUCCUUAAGCUUGAAUAUAAUUCAACAACUCGAGUCUUUCGGCGAUGGUAAAGAAUAGUUCAUACGCAAAAAUGAAUAUAACAUAAUGUUAUUGAAUAGAAAGAACAGGAGAAGCGUAAAAGAAGAGUAUUCAUUCAUUCAUUGACGCUAACUAGGCUUUUGAAAUAUAAGGAUGAAAAGCUGCCACGAGACCGAGAUCCUGAAUAAUUCAAGCCUUAAACAGUACUACUGGUUUAAAAACUAACAUUCCACAAGGUGUGGAGAUUAAAUAAUUUUAAAUUAGUUCAGAAGUUAAGGUGGAGAGGGUUUAACUUGUAAUGUAUAUAAAAGAACAAAGUUCUCUUAAAUUUACGAAUGUUAUCAGUUCGAGGUCAUAAAAAACUCGAGCAAUUUUUGGACAGAGUAUCAACAGUUCUUUGCAAAAGAACUCUUGUAAGACAUACAAAAUUACGUUUGAAAAAUAUGGUCUAAGAACCCCUUACAACUUAACUUCCGUUCUGUAAUAGACAUCUAAAAGACUGCGAUAAAUUGUGACAAGUAUUUUAGAUUAAUCUCUUUAAUUGUAAGAUCAGAAAUGUAUGGAAACUCGUAAUAACAUUUUUUUAUUAGCAUAAGUUCCAUUGAUAUCGGUAAUACAUUCAUCAUUUUGUUGUACUUAUUUAGUUAUUAAGUUUACCAAAAAUGGUUCGUUUUGAAAUUGUUAGGAUUUUGUUUAUUUUUUCUGUAUUUUUUUUUUUCAUUACGUUUCAUAAACAUCCCAUACUAUAAUAAAAGUAUAAUGAAUAACAAUCUGUGAUGUUUGUUACGCGUUGCUCAUUUUAAAUUUUACAUGGUUGUAAUUGCAUAGUUUUAUUAGUUAGGUCCCCUCAUUUUUGCAUUUGUAAACUUCCUUAUUACUGUGCUGUAGUAAAUAGUAUCCAGAAUCUCUUGUACAAAUAUUAUUUUUCCAUACACGGCAGUUCAAACUUCUAUAAUUCUGUACAAAUUAAAAAUUAAAAUGUUAAAGAACUGUGAUGAUUAUUGUAAGUAGAAUAGUUUCACCGUUAAAUGCCAUAGAAAUACCGAAUAGUUCAAAUUAGAUUUGACAAAGACUACGAAUUUAGUUUUGUACAAAAUGUACACAAAUUCCAAGUUUACUUUGCUUUGAACAAUAAGGUAUAUGUAUAACUACUUAUAAUAAUUAAUUUGUUAUUGUGAAAAGUUACUUUUUGAGUAAAUAAACACAUUAAGAACCUUAAGAUACAUUAUUAGUUUAUUAUUGAAA